AUGUUUUUACUGGCAGCUAUAAACCUUCUAGUUCAUAUCGUAAUACAUUGUUCGAACGCUACUCCAUGUUCAGAUUUGGACUUGUUAGGAUCAAAUAAGAACACAGAUGAGAAUUAUACAAUUGAAUUCGAAAAAGCUCCAUCAUCAAAUAUCAUCAAAGUCAAACUCGUAAGAAAACAAACUCCUUCUAACAUAUCAUGGUUUGUUAUGGCUGCAAGUGAUUCAACGAGAGUAUUAGGUUUAUGGCACCCGUUCACUCCAACGGAUGGUCAGGUAAUUCAUUGUUCAACAUCAUUAGAACAAGUAGUAACCAACGAAGAUUCUUUUAUGCUAAGCGCAAAUCAAUCACAAUAUACCUUUUUUUGGAUGCAUUCGAAUUCAUUGAAUGAAUCAAUUAUUUUCAUUGCAACAAUAUUCUAUUCGAAUGAUAGAGCUACAAUGAGAUAUAUUCAAAGUCCACCAAUAGAAAUGGAACAAAAACAAGGACGCGAACGAUACCAAUAUCCCACAGAAUUCUGCAAUUCAUCACCAUGUCAAAAUAGUGGCACAUGUGUUCGGAACGGUCCGAACUCUUAUUGUCAAUGCUCGCUUGGUAUCAUAGGUGCAAACUGCGAUCAAUUAUCGCAAUGCAAUGAUAUGAAUUGUUUGAACAAUGGCACAUGUGUUGUUCUAUCAGCGGGUUCUUAUCAAUGUAAUUGUGCUCCGGGCUAUGGAGGAAUCUAUUGUCAUCAUAAUAUCACUGGAUGUGUUUUCCCUUUUAUCGACAAUGAAUAUCAAUCGCAGAAUAGUUGUAUAACAAGCAAUGACUAUAUGAAUGGAACUGUCCCAUGGUGUAAAAGUGCUUCAGGUCGGCCAAAUAGUUGUCAAAUCGACUAUUGUAAACAGAAACCAUGCAGAUAUGGCUCUUGUAUUCCAUCUAUGCGAUAUACAUUUGGAGUUCUGUUUUCAACAUUCACGUGUUCGUGUAACGUUGGCUUUACUGGAAGAUUGUGUACGCACACUUACUUUCGAGCGAAAGUUAGAUUCAAAGCUCCAGAUAUGUCGAAGACUACCCUAAAUGCUCUGGAAUCGUCUACAACCCAAACUUAUCAGAAUUUGACAAAUUUAUUCCGGAGUUUGGUUCGUAAUCAAACCAACUCAAGUUUUGACUUUUCACCGUUAAUGUACACUACUUUUUCAACUUAUACAGGCAAUUUCAUCCAGAUUACCACUGACAUGUCUUUUGCCGGUAAUAUAACUCAACGACAGAUUUAUGAUACUAUUCAGCCCAUUCUUGCUAAUCUUCCACCUUACUUCAAGUUAGUGUAUGACAACACGAGUCUCACUGAUAUCAGCGAUUUUGAACCGCUGAAUGCUGCUCCGCAUUGUACUUUACCACAUGAAUACUAUACUAAACAAUCAUCAGUAUGUCAUAUGACCAUAGACGGGAAUGCUUAUUGUGCGUAUGGACAAAACUAUACAGUAGCUGAUCGUAGAAUAUGCGACUCGACUGGUUUGCCUACACAACAACAUACUGCAUGCGAAACUUUGAAUAUGACAAACCCAUGUAAUGGUACGCCGGAUUUUCCAAUACAUUGUUUACCAUCCGAUACAAAUUGGACGUGUUUUUGUGAGUUAACGCAGAUCUUAGGUCGCAAUUGUCGAACUCAAUAUCUUUGCCAAAGCGGUUCGACACUUUGUCAAAAUCAGGGUACUUGUGUCUACCAAGCUGAUAUAGAAGAUUUCAUAUGUUUAUGUCCACCAACAUACUACGGACGUCAAUGCGAGUCUUAUUAUUUGACGAAUUCUACCUAUAGAAUUUACCUCCUCAAUUACAAUUCAAAUGAACCGACACUAAACAAUCAACUGUUAAUCUUAUAUAUGAACGAAACAAUAAUGGAUAUGACAAAUCGCAGGGCUUUUGCUAGUAAUAUUACUAUUCGGCCGUCGGGUGAAGUUACAAUAUUUGUCACGACAAGAAAUUAUUCAUUGCGUGACUUCGAUGUUGUACUGGCGAAUAAAGUUAACUCAAACUGGAGUAUUGGUCAAUAUCAAGCGUCUUUUAAUGACACUAGUUCGCCUCUUGCAUCAGGAAAUAUGAGCUAUUGUUCUUUUCCGUUUACCUAUAAGGGCGUUAAUUAUACAACAUGCACCACUGUUGAUGUUGGCUCUCCGUGGUGUAGUGGAACAUCUACGUUCUCUGGAAUUAUUCUCGAUUGUCGAAAAAUCGAUUGGUGUGCACCAUCGCCAUGUCUAAAUGGUGGCAUCUGCUCAAGGUACGACAAUGGGACGGUCAAUUGUAAUUGUAGUGCUUGCUAUACGGGUCCAUUCUGUCAGUCUAUUGAUUUCUGCUGUCUGAACGUUUGUUCGCCACAUGGCGCUUGUCUAUCAGGCUUGAAUAAUACAUACACAUGUUUAUGCCAGUCUAGUUAUAGCGGCAUUAAUUGUAGUAUUUACGAACCAUGCAGAGCUUCACCAUGUCAGAAUCAGGGUGAGUCUGAAAACGAAAUUUCGAAAAAAUUUUGUACUAUUACUUUGAUUGGAGGAACCUGUGUAUCAACUCCUGAUGGCCGUUAUACGUGUACAUGCAAAGCACAAUGGACUGGUGUCGAUUGUGCAAUGCUAGUGAAUCCUUGUGCUCCAUCACCCUGCUUAAACAAUGCUGUAUGUACUGCUGUUGGAACACAAUUCACUUGUACAUGUCCACCUGGUCGAACAGGACGGUAUUGUGAAAUGGCUAGUCAGACACCUCAAAAGCCUAAUGUCGUUUGUAACCAAACUGAUACUGCCGUUGAAUUCACCCUAUCAUCAUCUUCUCAUUCUGCAUGGAACUCAGUAUCAUAUUGUUCGCUGCAACAGUGUCGACCUAACAUCAACAAUGACAACAAUACCUGCGUUUUAUCACCAAGGCCUUGUUUUGACUAUCGUGCACCGAAUAAUGCAAGCUAUUGUGCACCCGGUAUUUCCUGCUCAAUAUUAGAGGCGUGCAACAAUACAGCGUAUCGUUGUACAUCAAGCACUUCGAUAUGCAUUACUAAUUCAUGUUGUUCACCACGCGCAGUUUGUUUACCAUUGUCAUGGACAAGUUUCUGUUGA